AUGAGCAGCUACCAGCUACCGGUGGUGAUCGACAACGGCUCGGGAGUGAUCAAGGCGGGCCUGGCUGGGUCCCGGGAGCCGCAGUUUAUGUACCCCAACAUUAUCGGCCGUGUCAAAGGCCAGAGCUGGGCCCAGGGCGUGCAGGAGCUGUGCGUGGGUGACCAGGCGCAGACCCAGAGACGCUCGCUGUUCAUCAGCUACCCAGUGGAGCGUGGUCUCAUUACUUCCUGGGGGGACAUGGAGAUCAUGUGGAAGCAUAUCUAUGACCAGAGCCUGAAGCUAAAGCCCUGCGAUCACCCGGUUUUGAUUACUGAGCCAGCACUGAACCCACUCGCCAACCGGCAACAGAUCACUGAAAUAGUUUUUGAGCAUCUGGGGGUUCCUGCCUUCUAUAUGUCCAUCCAGGGGGUGCUGGCUCUCUUUGCUGCUGGCUUCACCACUGGCUUUGUGAUGAACUCAGGGGCUGGGGUGACUCAGUGUGUGCCCAUUUUUGAAGGUUACUGUCUGCCUCAUGGUGUCCAGCAGCUACAUCUGGCUGGCUUUGACCUCACCAACUACCUCAUGAGUCUGUUGAAGGACCAUGGCAUCAUACUGCUCAGUGCUACCGACAGAAGGAUUGUCACAGAAAUUAAGGAAACCUCUUGUUACGUGGCCAUGAACUAUGAAGAGGAAAUGGCCAAGAAAUGUAGUAGUAUGGAGAAAGUUUACCAGCUACCUGACGGGAAGGUGAUCAAGCUCUACGACCAGCUCUUUAAAUGUCCAGAGGCCCUCUUUUGUCCCUCUCUCAUGAACCUCGAGACGAUGGGCAUUGAUAAGAUGUGCUUCUGCAGCAUAAUGAAAUGCGAUAAAGAUCUGAGGAAUUCCCUUUUCUCCAAUAUUAUCCUUGCUGGGGGAUCAACCUUGUUCCCCAACUUAGACAAGCGGCUCAUUAAAGAUAUAGCAAAUAUGGCGCCUCCCAAUACCCCUGUGCAGGUCAGAGCUCCCCCAGAACGGAAAAUAUCUGUGUGGAUGGGAGGCUCUAUUCUUGCAUCCCUGUCUGCCUUCCAAGAUGUGUGGAUCACUGCUGCAGAGUUUAAAGAAGUAGGUCCCAAUAUAGUACACCAAAGAUGCUUCUGAAUAUGAGUAAAAUGCUUACAAGAAACUGUUUCAAGUGUGUGGGACAGAAAACUUUGGAGAUUAUGUUUCUGGGAGAACAGAAAACAUUUCAAUUAUCGGAAUG